AACAUGGACCAAUUCCCAGACCACUGGGGUAUCAAGUUCACACCAACAAUCCACACCAAAGCCGAAGGACCGACCGACCCCAAGAACAUCAAGCUCUCUUCCAGCUUCGUCGUAGUUGUCACUGGAGCUGGAAAAGGACUGGGCUAUCAUAUCGCUUUGGCCUACGCCUACGCUGGCGCCAAAGGCAUUGUCAUCUCCUCCCGGACACAAUCCGAUUUGGAUAAGCUCACAGCGGAAUUGAAAGCGAUCAACCCGGAUCUCGACAUCGUAUCACAGACCUGCGACACCACGAAAGACGAAGAGGUCAGGUCCCUAGCGGAAGUCACGAAAAAACACUUCGGCCGUCUCGACGUGGUAGGACAAGAACUCUCCCGUAUCCCGUUCCCUCAAACCAACUCACAUUCACCCAAUCUAGAUUUCGAACGGGUCAUCGACACGAAUUUCCUGGGCUCCUAUCGCGUUGCGAAACACUUCGUGCCGCUGCUGCAAGCGACUCCGAACGGCAUUCAGGCAUAUGUUGUCAUCACGAGUCUGGCAUCUCAAGUCAAGGACAGCGAGAUGACGCCCAUCGCGUACAACCUGAGCAAAUUGGCGGUCAACCGCAUGGCGGAGCAGAUUCAUGCGGAUCACUUCGAGCGAGAUGGGGUGACUGCUUUUGCGGGGCAUCCGGGGACGGUGUUGACGCCGCAGACGGAGAGGCAUGCGAUGCUGACCGACGAUGUGGGACUUUGUGGCGGGUUCUUGACGUGGUUGACGAAGGAGAAGAGAAUGUGGUUGUCGGGGAGGUAUCUUUCGGUGAAUUGGGAUACGGAGGAGUUGGAGGGGAGGAAGGAUGAGGUUGUGGAGGGGGAUAAGCUGACUUUUAAGAUGGUUGUAUGA